AUGCCAGAUGUAAAUAAGAUCUCUGGCGAAUCACGAGAUGAAUUGCCUAUGGCCGAGUCUGGUGGCGAUGUGCAGAAACCUAGACCAUCAUUGAAGAUUCGCAUUCGAAGGCCACCAAAAGCUCCGAUGAAUGGAGACUCAUUAUCAGAUUCCGCCCCAGCUUCGGCGCCCCCCCCCGCCGCAACGCCAAUGGAGACGACUGAAGAGUCAGCGACUGCGACAUUUGAUAUAUCUGCCGCCGCCCCAGCUCCGGCGGUGCGGUUUGCCCCAGCAAAGCGCGGCCGUCGUAGUGAGGCUGGAACCUCAUCGACCGCCCCCGCUGCGACGUCUGUUAAUCCAUCAUCCGCCAAGCAUUUCCGUCCAAAUGAGGUGUUCGCUGCAUGCCCGCCUUCCCAUUCUUCACCGGUUGCAUCUCUGCCAGCAAAGGCAAAAAAGGUUGGCCGUCCCAAGAAGGCCAAACAAGUGAAGACCUCGAUCACUUUCAGAUCGGGACCGUUGGCCGAUGCCGAUGGGGAAUGUAUGCAGGCUCGAUCCCAGGCCUACUGGAGAGAGGCGCAGUGGGGGCCCGGUCAAGAUGUCGAGGAAUGCGAUGGCAGCGCGCCUGCCUCGACCGUAACUCCAGCUGAUUCUCAGCCGGCCGCUGCUCCCCCUCGAGAUACUCCUGCUACCGGCAACAAGCGUGUCCGGCCUAUUAAGAGGACUACGGUAGACAGGGGCCUGGACACCGAAAGGGAGCUGUCCUCAUCAGCCGACCAGGAAAUGCCCUCGAGCUCAACAGCUGCAGGCAAGGUCGUGGCUUUUUGGAAGAUUAAGCAAUCUGAGGCAACCAAGCCAAGCAAGGUAGCAAGAAGAGGUGGUCGGAAGGCCCGGGGUCCGUUGGCGGUUUAG